GGCGGGCGGGCAGGCAGGCAGGCAGCAGGAGAGAAGGAAGGGAGAAGCCAGGAGCCGAGGGAAGAGGGCAACUCCCGGGCGAGGAAGGCAGCAGCGGGCGCGCUCUCUUGACACUCACCCGCACUCACCCGAGCCACGAGCCCGGUAGAGCGCAGGGGGCGGCGAGGGGGGAAGCCGAAGGGGCCGCUUGCUCCGUGGACGGCAUGCUGCUUCUGAGAAGAACUGGGCUCCUCCCGCUGUGCCUAGGCGCGCUUUUCCUCUCCGCCGGGCUGGCUUGCGGGCCGGGCCGGGGUUUCGGCAAGAGGAGGCACCCGAAGAAACUGACCCCUUUAGCCUACAAGCAGUUCAUCCCCAACGUGGCCGAGAAGACGCUGGGCGCCAGCGGCAGAUACGAGGGGAAGAUCACUCGGAACUCGGAGCGCUUUAAAGAGCUGACCCCCAAUUAUAAUCCGGACAUUAUUUUUAAGGACGAGGAGAACACGGGAGCCGACCGGCUGAUGACCCAGCGAUGCAAGGACAAGCUGAACGCGCUGGCCAUCUCCGUCAUGAACCAGUGGCCGGGCGUCAAGCUGCGCGUCACGGAGGGCUGGGACGAGGACGGCCACCACUCCGAGGAGUCGCUGCACUACGAGGGCCGCGCAGUGGACAUCACCACCUCGGAUCGGGACCGCAGCAAGUACGGCAUGCUGGCUCGCCUGGCCGUCGAGGCCGGCUUCGACUGGGUCUACUACGAGUCCAAGGCGCACAUCCACUGCUCCGUCAAGGCCGAAAACUCGGUGGCUGCCAAAUCGGGUGGCUGCUUCCCUGGUUCUGCCUGGGUGAACCUGGAAGGAGGAGGCACAAAGCUGGUGAAAGACCUUCGUCCAGGUGACCGAGUUCUGGCGGCAGAUGUGCACGGACAGCUGUUCUACAGUGAAUUCCUAGCCUUCUUGGACCGAGAGGACCCUCCUGUCCACAAACUCUUCUACGUGAUUGAGACCCAAACACCCCACGCCCGCCUCUUACUCACCGCUGCCCACCUGCUAUUUGUGGCCCCACCACACAAUCAUUCCCACUCCCAACCCCAGCCUAUCUUCGCUAGCCGUGUGCAGCCUGGACAACAUGUCUAUGUGCUGGCCCAAGGGGGUCAGACCCUGUUGCAAGCGGCAGUGCACCGUGUGUCCCUGAAGGAGGAGGCCUCGGGAGCUUAUGCCCCACUCACCGCUCAGGGCACCAUUCUCAUCAACCAGGUGCUGGCUUCCUGUUAUGCUGUCAUUGAGGAGCACAGCUGGGCUCAUUGGGCAUUUGCGCCUUUCCGCAUAGCUCACACAGCCUUGGCAGUGCUGAAUCCUGAGGGUCUCUCCUCCCCUCUCCUUUUUCCAGCUGCUGUACCAGAAGAGGGUUCCUCAUUGGCUGGAGUCCACUGGUACUCCCGCCUCCUCUACUACAUUGGCCGCUGGAUUUUGGGUUCUGAAAUGAUGCACCCAUUGGGCAUGGCCAGCUGAGAGUGACAGCUGGCAAGUCCACUUAUACCCAUUUGAAGAUUAAAAUAGUACCAAUGGGGUGGGGGAAACUAAGAUGAAGAAAGAAAGAAAGAAAGAAAAGAAAGAAAGAGAAAGAAAGAAACAAAAAAAGAAAGAAAGAAAGAAAGAAAGAAAGAAAGAAAGAAAGAAAGAAAGAAAGAAAAUUUAACAAUAAUAGUAGGACGCUCCAAAGUAGACUUCAAGAAACAGGAAGAACCAAGGAAGUUUUUGUUUUAGUUUAUAAAUAUAAAUAUAUAUAUUAUAUUUUUAUUUGAUUUAUAUUUUUUGUCUGUUUUGUUGUCCUCAUCUCUUGGAUAUUUAUUUGUUUGGUAUUUUUAAAUAGAUGUUUUAAGGAAUAUGAACCCAACUUCAAGAGCCUUAAAUAGUUUCUUUGAUAAUUUAUUAUCAUGUGAAUUGUACACUCACAGGGAAAAGCAAAUUAUUUUGCGCUGCCUAGCAAAACUGCACAGAGUUCUAUUUUUCUAUGUAUGUCCAGAAUUUCGAAAAGCAAAAUGCCUCUCCUUCUUCCAACUAUCCAUGGAUUUGCUCAGGGAUGUCCGCAGUGAGCAGUGAACACAAAUCAAGAUGGCGGAUGAGAGGAUGUGAUUGAAGCUCCGCCUACUUUUUACAAAACAAAAACUAGGUAGAGUUUUGAUCAUACCUUAAUGGCCGCCAUUUUCACUUUUUUGACAGACCCUGCAGACCUCCCCUCCCCCCCUCCGGAUUUGAUCUUUCCCAAUAGCCAGACUCAGAACAAAAGACACAACGAAGGGGGAGGGGGAAUCCGUAAAUUAUAUUUUUAUACACAGAAUUGUAAAUUCGUGGUUUUUCUGUUUUUG